AUGUACAUGAUAUAUAUAGCUGCCACGAUAGGUGUGCUAUUGGCUAUAUUGUACGCGACAUUAAUAUUACUUUCUCAUAAACCAAGACCACCGACAUCCAAUGAAUCGUUUUACAAAACCAAUGACGCAACAAAUGCAAGUUACGACCUACCACCUAGAAUUUGCUCAACGAGCCCCAAAAGAGUUCCUAAAGUAGAAAUAAGUGUUGUGAUACCGUGUUACAAUGAAACCAAAAGAUUAGACAAGAUGAUGAGUGAGGCCACGGAGUUCCUCAAACAGCAUUACCCCAAAAAUUACGAGAUUAUCAUCGUUGACGAUGGAUCUAGUGACGGAACUGCCGAAUACGCAAUCAAAUUGGCAAACAAAUACAGCCUAGAACCUCACACAUUGAAGGUUGUCCAAUUGUCAAAAAAUAGAGGUAAAGGUGGCGCCGUCACCCAUGGUCUUUUGCAUACUCAGGGUAAAUAUGCUUUGUUUGCGGAUGCAGACGGUGCUACUCGAUUCUCAGACGUGGUGGGAUUGAUUGAAUACCUUGACUCACACCCAAAGGAACCGGCAAUAGCCAUUGGCUCACGGGCACACAUGGUCAAUACCGAUGCGGUGGUGAAAAGGUCGCUUAUACGAAACUUUUUGAUGUAUGGACUUCACACAUUGGUGUUUGUUUUUGGUAUCCGAAGGAUUCACGAUACUCAAUGUGGAUUCAAAAUGUUCAACAUUGACUCAGUGCAACGAAUCUUCCCCCAUAUGCAUACAGAGAGAUGGAUAUUUGACGUGGAGGUGUUGCUUUUAGGGCAAAUGCAAGGAAUGGCAAUGAAGGAGAUUGCGGUAAACUGGCAAGAAAUUGACGGAUCAAAGAUUGACUUGGCGAGAGAUUCAAUCGAAAUGGCCAUCGAUUUAGUGGUGACAAGAUUGGCGUAUUUGCUGGGGAUAUAUAGAUUGGACGAGUGUGGAAGAAUUGGCAAAAAGAGUCAAUAG